AUGGCGAAAGUAAAUAUUGUUAAUAUUGUUGUUUUAGACAAUCCGUCUCCCUUUUUAAAUCCAUUUCAAUUCGAAAUAACAUUUGAUUGUAUAGAAGAAUUAAAAGAAGAUUUAGAAUGGAAAAUGAUUUACGUUGGAUCUGCUGAAAGUGAAGCAUACGAUCAGGUAUUGGACACAAUAUAUGUCGGUCCAAUACCUGAAGGUAGACAUAUGUUCGUUUUUCAAGCAGAUCCCCCAGAUGUUUCUAAAAUUCCAGUAGCUGAUGUAUUAGGAGUAACAGUUGUAUUGUUAACAUGUUGCUAUAGGUCACAAGAAUUUGUUAGAGUUGGUUAUUACACAAAUAAUGAAUAUUCAGAUGUUGAACUAAGAGAAAAUCCACCCAUGCAACCCCAAUUCGACAAGAUUAUUAGAAACAUAUUGGGAUCACAACCGAGAGUGACAAGAUUUAAAAUCAAUUGGGAAGAUGGCGUAGAAAAUAAAGAAUCCGUAGAAACUGAAUUACCAGAUAUGGCAGACACAUGUUCGACAGCAUCUCCUGUAAAAAGUGUAGCACAACCUGAAUCUGAAUGGUGCACUGAAAAUAGUCAAAAUUCAGGACUGAUUAAUAUUUAG